CAGUGAUGGAAAACUGCACAGAGGAGCAGCGAGACGCAGUAAACGAGGAGGAGCUCACGGAGGAGAAAACGCACAGUAACCUCAAAGCAAUCAACGGAGCGAUGGAGGAGACGGCGAGCGGAGGAGAGAAGCUACAGAACGGAGACCGAGGAGGAGGAGGAGGAGGAGGAGGAGGAGGAAUCAUGGGAGCUGAAGGAGGAGGAGACCUGUCCUCCAUCAACGCCAUGAUGUCAGCAGUGAUGUCAGCAGCAGGGACCAUCAACGGCGGAGGAGACGCCGAAGCAGAGAGCGGCGUCACCUCGGCCGCCUCCUCCGCGGGGCCGUCCCCCAGCCCCUCCCCCAGCAAGUCGCUCACGGCGGCCAUGAGAGCCCCGCCCAGCCGCAACGCACGACGCAACCAGGUACACACACACACGCAU